AGAACGGAUGCAGCAGCGCACACUGGAAAUCUAGGAGAAUGUCUAAAGGGAUGCUGGGGAGGCUUGCCUCCAUACGUUUUCAGCAAUCAGGACUGACAAAAAAAUAACAGCUCGAUAUGAAAAUAGUAAUGCCUUGGAAUCAGCUCGCGAAUGCAGAAAUGCCCCCAUUGGUCGGAGAGUGGUGGAGACCAACGUCACCAUCCAGCACGCUAUGAGAGCCAAGAUGCAAGCGCAAGAGUCCUGGCAGAUGGAAGAAGACACAAGACCUUACCCUCUGGCAAAGGAUUUAUUCCCACUGGGAACUGUUGGAGAACAUUUUCCGUCAUCACAAAACAUUUUCACUGGAGUUCAGAAUUUUUAGGAAGUUUUUGGCUUCAGUGGAAAAGUCAUAUCUUGUCACUGCUCUGGAGAACUAGAAGACAUUGCAAAAGGGAUUAUCAUGGGGCAGCCAAUCACCUUCUAGGAAAGUUUUGCACACCUGGACGGGGCCAACUGUUGAAAUACAACAGUAGACGGAAUUAUCUGAUGCCCUAAUGCAUUAAAAUGACCAGGCACGUGUGGUUCUCCCUACCGUACGUCUCGAAGCCCUUCAGGAGGACCGAUGUGGUGAACUCCUCUGACAUUUUCUCUGCCUUUUACGGCUUUCCUAACAUCUCGUCCCUCUUCAACGGGGACAUAAACAUUGACGAUAUUGGGGACUUCGAGAAUAAUACGAAGUACGAAGCCGAGUCACAGAGCUUGACGGUGAAAGCCCUAUUGAUAGUCGCCUACUCGGUGAUUAUUAUCAUCUCUCUCUUUGGGAAUAUUCUGGUCUGUCAUGUCGUCAUAAAGAACAAGAGAAUUCAGUCAUCAACCAGCCUGUUCAUUGUCAACUUGGCAGUGGCAGAUAUAAUGAUUACCCUUCUCAACACCCCCUUCACCCUGGUUCGAUUUGUGAGCAGCAACUGGGUUUUCGGUAAGCUCAUGUGUCACCUGAGCCGGUUUGUCCAAUAUUGCUCAGUCCAUGUAUCGGUCCUUACCCUCACCGCCAUCGCUCUGGACCGACAUCAGGUUAUUAUGCAUCCUCUGAAACCUCGGAUGUCAACAGUUAAAGGAAUAAUCUGUAUCAUCUUCAUCUGGUUCAUGGCCAGUGGAUUCUCGUUACCUCAUGCUGUCUACCAGAAGCUAGAACGGUUUUAUAUUGGAAAUGCUGUCCGGAUGGUUUGCCUUCCCAGUUUUCCAUACCCAGCUGACCUUUUCUGGAAGUAUUUGGACUUGGCUACCUUCGUACUUCUCUACGUAUUACCCUUGAUUGUCAUCUCCAUCACUUAUACAAUGGUGGCCAAGAAACUGUGGUUAAGAAAUGCCAUUGGGGACAUUACCAUGGAACAAUACUACGCCCACAGGAGGAAGAAGAAGAUGACCCUCAAAAUGCUGAUGCUUGUAGUGGUGGUCUUUGCCGUUUGCUGGUUCCCAUUGAACUGUUAUCUCGUCCUGAUGUCCAGUAAACUCAUCAGCAGUAACAAUGCCAUGUAUUUUGCUUUCCACUGGUUUGCCAUGAGCAGCACUUGCUACAACCCGUUUAUCUACUGCUGGCUGAAUGAGAGUUUCCGCUCGGAGCUCAAGGCCUUGCUGUGGGUAUGCAGAAGGAAGAGAUUGGCACAGAGCCAUGCAUUGCAGACAGUCUCGCCACACUUCAGACAUGCCUGGACUGAAAACUGUAACUGCAAGCAAGGUGACAGCCCUCAGACCGGUGGCUCUGCCACUAAUGUACAUUCAGGGAGAACGGACAUUUCCAGCGUGGAGCCAAUUGUCACAGUCAGUUAAAAGACAAUUUUGAGGUCAUCAGAUGGCAAUUCAUUGCAGAUUCGGUGUCCGUAACUCUUGUUUUUUAUUUGUAUUUUUCACGUUUGCUAUGAGAGGCCUAUUUGUUGACCUAAAUCACGUGCUUUAAAUAAAAUAAAUAUUUAUAUCAUA